CAAAGUCUGAUCUGUCUGUGUGUCACUGCUCUGUUUCUUUCCCGACAGUCGUCGCUGUUAAAGAAGAAGCUGGAGGAGCAUCUAGAGAAGCUCCAUGAGGCUCAUUCUGACCUGCAGAAGAAACGAGACGUGAUUGAUGAUCUAGAGCCGCAUGUGGACAGUAACAUGGCGAAGAAGAUCGAUGAGCUGCAGGAGAUCCUGAAGAAGAAGGAUGAAGACAUGAGACGAAUGGAGGAGAGAUGCAAGAGAUACGUGGAGAAAGCUCGCACCGUCAUAAAGACUCUGGACCCCAAGCAGAAGUCUAACGCGGUUCCUGCUGAAGUUCAUGUGCUGAAGAGCCAGCUGACGGAGAAAGACAGAAAGAUGCAGCAUCUGGAGCAUGAUUUCGAGAGGACGCGCGCCAGACGCGACCAGGAGGAGAAGCUCAUCAUCUCAUUAAUGAUGUUUUUAAUGCUGUGCGAUAGGUUUGGGUGUUGUUCAGGGUUACGGUGCAUGUGA